CAGAAGUCCGAGUUCGUGAGCUCGAGAGGAAGGGGCGUGAAAAACGCUUAACGGAAGUGCAGAAACCGGGUAGUUAAUUGAGCACACCUCAAGCGACUGGGUGUUACCUGACACUCCAUUUGGCAAAAACAAAUCGAAGUCGCUCCAUAUACAUAACUUUCUUCAGAAAAGCCGGGUGUUAAUGUCUCAAUUUGUCGUGCGACUUUGGCAACUGCAGUUGCCUUCCAACUCUCAGCCGCGUUACCUUCGCCAUCGUGUGAGCUUGUGGCGCGUGUGCCGAAAUCUGGGGAACUCGGAUUCUUAGUGAGUGAUUCGAGAUUUAUGCUAAUCAGUGGCGAGAAUAACUAACGCUCCGGGCGUCAAGCGUUAACAGCAUUUCGCAAUAGACCCCAAUAGACACCCGCAUAACCUGAAACGUGCUCACAUAACGAAACCAAUCAGCAGACAGAUCUUAUCAGGCCCGCAAAAUGUUGUUUUGGAAGAGGCGUCUUCAGCGAUCGAGCAGCUCUUCAAGCAGUGCGAUUCAGGAGCGUCGUUUUUUUGGCAUCCUCCGCCCGGCGAAAAGGAAGGACGCUGCCACAUCUUUACCCACCUACCGGCAGAACAGCGGUGAUGCCGCUAACCCCACUACCCCACCUGUGGAUGGACUGCCUUUGGGCUUCGAGGAAGCUGGCACUAUAGAGCUACAGGCUCAGGAGAACGACUACGUGUUAGAGGAGUCCGCCCUAAGAGUUUCGCUCUCCCCGCCGCCCAAUUACUGCCCCCAUCCUUUGACCCCACCGCCCAGUUACACGGAGAGACCUAGAACUGUCCAGGAACAGGAAUAUCAUCAAGCAGUUUCAGUGCAUCCAGCCACACCAGCACGUGUAGUAGUGUUUCGACCAGCAGGAGGAAGUGCAGGAGCCAGCGAACUAGCAGCUCGUCAGCAGGCAAGACGGAGACGGCGACUCCGCGAACUUCAGCAACAGCAGCUGCAAUUUGCCUCCAGCACAGAUAGCUCUAGUAGCUCCGCAUCCAGUUGCUCCGAGUUAGAAAGCGGUGGCAGUGCCACUAGACGGCAGCGUCGACGCAGGCGUGGACUUAGAGAUGCUUACUGUCCAGAUCUGCUAAACGCCUGCUCCCUGAUACUCCAACAGCCCGGCAGCAGCGACAGUUCAGUUGGUAACUUCACAGCCACUCCUCCGCCCCCGUCGAGAGAACCUAAUCCACGUAAUCAUCAGGAGGAGAGCUUCGAGUACACCUCGGACUAUGUGGAGAUCGACGAGCUGCUGCCACUAGUCGCCGGCGGGCGAGCGAAGAGCACACCGCAGCUGGCGAUGGGUCAAAACCUGAGCCUGCGACGGCCGCGCAUCUCAUUGACCUGGGUGCUCCGAGAGCAGCAGCAGACACAGACGGCUCCACAAUCACAAACGCCCCCAUCACCCCAAAAGGAGGUGCCUAAGGAGUCAGACUCCCAGGUGGAUCGCAAGGAGAUCGAGGUCUUCCCGACCAGAACAGAACCGGUGCCCACCCAGCUGGAUGUCACCAAGAAGCGGUAUCGGGUCAAGCAACUGCCAAGUGGCGGUGAGCCUCUCAAUGGCUAUGCCACCACGCCUACCGCCCACCAAGCUCCGGCAAAUGGUCACCUGGCCAACCAGAAGUUCUUCAGCAACCAGAAUCUGUUGGAUGUGUCACGGAGUGGCCCAAAUGGAGCCCCGGUGGCCGCCGCCUCGACCAAAGAGCUGCUCUUCGUGUGCACACCUCAGAGAGCGCCACGAAGUGAUAAUCAUAGCGAAGCCCUGCUCCUGGCCAGAAAGCGGAACGAGAUCCGCAAGAAGUUGGCUUCCCGCCUGCAGCAGGCAAGGUCCAGUGGCUCGCAGGCGGGGGAGGCCAGGGGAUCGGUCACAGGAGCAGAGUCACUGAAGUGCACCUCCUACUCGGAGCCCAGUUUGGUGGCAGCCUCCGAGGGUGGCGGAGUGGGAGGAUCCGGCGGAGGAGCUGCUGCCCCCCAGCAGCAGAGGCGCCACAGGCAUCGCAAACGGAGGGAUCGUAAUAAUCGUGUCCAGAGAUUCGGCUACGAGAUCCACAACGUAGACGAGUUCCUCUCCCGCUGCUCACUGGCCACUCCCGGCAAUAUACCUGUGGUUCUAGCCACGGCCAGCACCCUAUAUCAAACCAGGCCAGGUGGCUACCAACUGGAGAUUCCACUGCCUCUGGGCAUGGUGGUGAACGCGGUAUUCAAGAACCAGAAUUGGCUGUAUGUGCAAACACCUCACGCGGAGGAGGGCUAUGUGGGCUAUGCUUGCUGUCUUCCCCUAGGGAUUCUGCCCCAGCAGGCGAGGGCUGGGUCCAGGAACACUCCCUGCUGGGAAUCCAAUGCGGAUGUCUUCCCCAGGCCUUGUGGCAAUAUGACGGAUUCGGAGAAGGAGAUACGCCUGCGGGGUGGCACCCGAUCCGAUGGCGCUCGCACUCCACGCAGCUCUAAGGCUCCUGAAGAUGCCCUCAAGAUCAGCACCACCACCAUCAACAACAACAACAACCACAGCAACAACAAUAACCAAACGAAGUGCGGGAGCACAACCAGCUCCUUGUACGGAGAACAGCAGGUGGACAAGCUGUAUCUAAGAGCGGCAUCCAAGCCGCGCCUGGUGGAGAAAGCCUACGCCCAGUUACGCUCCACCCGCCAGGUGGCUGCUUCUGGUUCCGCUUCUGCGAAGAGUGGAGCCUCCCAGGAUGAGUACGUGACCCUGCAGCAGAAGUCUGUAAAAAAGCAGCCAAGUACCCAGAACCACCUCCAUCACUCACAGCCAGCGGCGAGGCGGCUUUCCAACGUGUCCUACAUUACCAACGGCCACAAUGGCCAGCAUCUGCAUCCAAAGUUGGUACCACUGCCACCCUACGAACACAAGCCGGCCAAGAACCAGGCGGAGGCGGACGUGACCCUCAAGGCGUUACGUCGUCAGCAGGAGGUGGGCCAGCGGCAAACUCUAGUCGCCAUUAACACGGACUACAUCACGGAGAGCAUUGCGGUGCACAAGGGCGAGAUCGUGACGCUGUGCGAGUGCCGCGAGUCCAAGGACCAGCGCCAGUGGUUCUACGUUCGGACACGGGACGGUCGCGAGGGCUUUAUUCCGGCUGAAGUGGCCGGCCAUGGCUACCUGUAGACUUUUGUCACCUACGAUGGGUUCUUUGGGUCUCUGGAUAGGAUUCAAAAAGCUGAAAGUAAUCUAUAGACAAUGCUAAAGAGUUUUUAGGAACCUCUCUUAUAUCAUCUUAGUUGCUAAAAUCCCCCUUCUAUAUGGUCAAAUUUAUACUUCAAUCUCUUACAACCUAUAACCGAAUUUAUCAAAUUUGUAAGGAUUAAUAUUCCAAUAUAUCUUUUAUGAGUAUUAUAUCUUAGAUGAUAAAUUAUUGAAUCCAACUACCACAAAUUGUCCAUAGUUUGCCUUCUGACUUUUGUGAUCCUGACCCAAACUACCCAACAACCCACCCCGAAACCAAGUCAAGCUCUACCUUUAACUCAAUUAACAUUAUAUCCAUCUUAAGCAUUUAUAGGCCACACAUUCCAUUCGCGAUCCUUAGUACGCUUCUAGUUGUAAACUGUAUUCGUAUUGGUGUCUGUAAUUGAAUACUUGUAUCUGUGUAUGUGUGUGAGUGUGAAUCCUGUAAAGGAUCUUGUAUUUAUCUAGCCUAGCAUUACGAGUAGUCUAUGUAAUAGAAAACUUGCUUAACGGAAAUCAAAGAGUAAAGCGCGGACGUAAACUAUUUAUAAAAUUACUGUACUUGAUGCUUCUACUAAUUAAAAUAAACAGACAUUUAAAUA